AUGAAUCGUUUGCGUAGAACAUUCAGUUUUCGAAAACGUAAAAAGCAAAAUAAAAGCGAGGCUAGUGAUUCUUCGAAGCCGCAACAAUGGCUAGAUGAUGAAGUUAAAAUCAAGGAAGGAUUUUGUAGCUUUCAAGUUAAGUAUCUGGGUAAUAUUGAAGUGUAUGAAUCUAGAGGAAUGCAAGUAUGUGAAGAAGCAAUUAAAGCUUUAAGAAAAUCCAAGAAAAAACCUCAAAAAGCUAUACUAUCUGUUAGCGGCGAUGCUCUACGUGUUUCAGAUGAUGUCAGCCAGCAUCUUAUUGUAGAUCAAACUAUUGAAAAAGUGUCUUUUUGUGCUCCUGAUAGAAAUCAUGAGAAAGGUUUCGCUUAUAUAUGUCGUGAUGGUGCAACUCGCCGUUGGAUGUGUCAUGCCUUUCUAGCUGUCAAAGAAUCUGGUGAACGUUUAUCUCAUGCUGUUGGAUGCGCAUUUGCAAUAUGUUUGGAAAAGAAACAAAAACGUGAAAGAGAUGCUCUUCAGUUGGAGUCUUCAGAUGAACGUCCAACUUUUGCUCGAGUUGGUUCUUUCCGACCAGCUACACUGGCUGAACGGUUAUUAGAUCCUCAGUCAACAAUUACAGCUGAACCACUACCAGCCUCCAAUAACCCACCUUCAAGUUCACCUACUGGAUUAAGCCGUGUGUCAUCACCAAUAAGCCAUAGUGGAGCUAUCCCACGUCCUCAUGCUAGUCCAUCUAUUAUUGAGCGUCAGGGCUCACUUAGAAUAUUCCCAAAAUUACAAGAAAACAGUCCUUUCAAAAGAGAUCUAUCAUUGCGUCUUGAAGGUGUGCCUUCAAAUCUACGACGAUUGACCGGAAUGAUCCAGGGUGCACCUAUAGCUGAAGAACCAGAUGUUGACUUUGAAUCACAAUUUGUAAAAAGUAAUGGACAAAUAGAGAAAAAAGAACCAGCUAUUACAAGUCCUGUUAAAACAACCAACCAGUCUAUUGCCUUUCCGUCUGUCAACGGUUUAGCUGUAACAACUCAGCCUGUUGCACCCAGUAUUCCAUUGAUAGGCAACAAUCAAAGUACUGAUCCUAAAACUUCACAAGCAUUUAUGUCAGUUUUCGCUGAUCCUUUUGCUGCUGCUCCUGUCAAUCCAGCUACAAUACAACAACAUUAUCAAAUGGAAUUACAACAACAAAAGGUUCAGCAGCAACAACAACAACAACAAAUUAUGCUUUCUCCUUUAUUAAAUACCAAGAUUCAGCCUCCUGUGAACGUUGUUUCAACUAUCAAUUCUACACCGGCUUCACCAUUUUUGGGUGGACCACCUAUAGCCGCUCCAGCUGUUUCCUCUGCAUAUAAUUCUACUCCAUGGGCGACUGCAUAUUCACCACCGCAACAAUUCAAUAGAUCUUCAGCUCUACGCAGUACACUUCCAGUUAAUUCACAUUUAAUGACCACAGGAAUUGUUCCACAAUCGAAUUUAAGUAAUCAUCUUGUGAGUAGUGUAAUAAAGCCAGCAUUUGGGACACAUUACAGCCACAUGAACCUCAGUUCCACGUGACUGAACUCGAACUGUGUACCUAUCAUUUCAUACCCCUAAGUGUCAUCGGUUAGACCACUCGGGGUACAGAAGCUACCUUUUAUGCGAUUGGUAUUAGUUAUCGCUUUUAUUAUUUUCCAUUAGACUGUCAUUUUUCCUCUGCAUUUCUCUUUGUUAUAUUAGACCAUUUCAUUUAUUGAUUAUAUUGUCCUCGAAUGGGCUGUUACUCAUUUUAAAUUGUGAUGUUUUACUUCUGAAC